AUGCGUCAAAGGGAGGAGAGCGGAGAGCAGUCUGACAAGGCCUGCCCCAUGGUCAUGGCCGGCUGGUCCUUCGUGCGGCUGACUCCGGAGGAAGUGCGCAAGGGUGCAUUGCUGACGAGUGCUUAUGACGUCUUCAUUGUUCCCGGUGGAUAUGCGCCGAACUUCGCUGCAGCAUUGGGCGAUCUCGGCGGCGAACGCAUUCGAGACUUCGUCAAGGCUGGCGGUGGCUACGUCGGCAUUUGCGCCGGGGCAUACCUCGGCACCUCAUGGGGCUACGACCUGCUUCCGGUGAAUGUUCUGGACAUUGACCACUGGGAUCGUGGCAAGACUGAUGCAUGUGAGCUGAGCGCAACUGAUGCUGGAAGGCGCAUUGCUGGCAAAACCCUGCCCGCGACAUUCGCCGUGCGCUAUGCCAACGGCCCACUUCUGGAGAUCCUGGACUCCUGUGUGGAGUCCUUUGUCGAUUUUCAGUCGCAGCUGCGCGGGAAGCGGGGUACGUAUCCACCCUUGAUGAAGGGCUCUCCGGCUCUUCUCGGUGGACCUCUCGGUAAAGGCCGAGUGCUCUUAGUCUCACCGCACAUCGAAGGCACCAAAGAGCUGGGCGACUGCUUCCGCAGCUUCGUGCGCUGGACGGCCGAAGCCGGCCGGCCCGACACGACCGCCACGACGAAGCCAGCAGCCACAGCAGCGGCGCCAGAUGCGAGUGCAACGCAGCCGAGCAGCGUGUUUCGGGAGGCAUCGGAAGUGCCAAAGGCAGCGCCGAAGGAGGCAGCGCCGAAGGCAACGGAGGCAGAGAUUGUCGAAAUUUUCCGGAAGUUUGAUCUUAACGGAGACGGUCUGCUGGAUGCGUCGGAGCUAGAAGCGCUGCUGAGUAGCCUGGAUGAGGAGGCGGAGCUCGGUCGUGGAUUAGUAGAGCUGAUCGCAAAGAUGAGGCUCCACGAGAGCAAAGGCAUCCCAUACGAGGAGUUAGUUGCUUGGGUCUUUGGAGCGCCGUGCUCCUUCGACCGUCCCGAUAUCGAAACCGAUGGGGAGGAAGAUGCCAUCAUGGACAAGAUGUCCAUGGUGCGAAUGCAGUGCCUGGCUCAGUUUCAUAGCACGGAUGAGACUGGUGCCGAGCCUGGACCACCGCAGCUCGCACGGACUUGCAGUGACUGCUGCGGAGGAAAGCCGCAGGUCGUGUCCAACGAGCGCUUGGAGGCCUCCGUCGUUACCAUCCAACGCGCAGCCCGUGCGCGGACGCUGAGCAAAGGUGCAGAAGACAUCGGUCAGACCAUGUCUCAAGCCCCUGACAAGACGGAGACCCCGGAAGCCGCGGCGAAGGCGAAGCCCAAGGCAGUUCCCAAAGCAACUCCGAAAGCUCCACCUCCUAAAGCAGCUCCUCCUGCAGCUUCGGGGCCUAUUCUUAAAAGGGGUGGCCUCGACUACAUCUGUUGCCUCGGGGGGCCGGUACUGAUUACCGCACCGCAUUCCAUCAAGAUCGUCCGUGGCGGCGGUGAGACCCAGGAGCGAACUCGUAACCACAAGCGUGAGCGUUGGACGGCCGAGAUAUCCAUGAUCGUGGCACGGGAGCUCUGUCGGGCUGGUUCGCCGGCAUCCGUGAUGGUCUGGAAUCGUGCGGCGGGCCCCGGCCACGGGCGACUGGAUCCCAACUACCUCCUGGCCUCACAGUUCCGUCUGUCGCCCUGGCAUCGGGCACUGCACCGCUGGGCAUCUACUGUGGGAGGCGGCGGGCCAGGCUCAGGGGCGGGCAUACCUUUGCUGCACGUGGAUCUGCAUGGCAAAGUCUCGGAGAAGCUACACCUGGAUUUGGGUGCAGCGCCCCUGGAGGAGGUGUGGCCUGCCUCGGACCAAAGCUUCGUGAGGGCCCUGAAAUACAACUUCUGUGCCAAGCUGGACAAAGUUCUGGCUGACUGUCGUGUACUGUCCUUGAAGGGGAAGCAGAUCAAAGUAGAUGCGGACCCCUGUUUGCACGGCUUCUGGGGAGAAGACACCGUGACCACCAUCUCCCACCAGUCGGUUCUUCUCGGCAUCCCUGCAGUCCAGUUUGAGAUGCCGCCGCGACUGAGAGAGCAAUUGGUCACGGACCCGGAGCUAGGUCGGCGCUUUGCCGAUGCCAUCGCAGAGGUUUACCGAGACGUGGUCACGCCUUGGUGGGCUGCUCGAAACGCCUCCCUCUCUGCUUGGCCUCGGCUGUACCCCAUCGACCCGGCUUUGGCUGAAGAUGUGGAGGAGACUCCACCACGCGGAGGCAUGGAGCAGUUUGAGCCCUGGGCCAACCAAAUGGUCGCCGAGUUCCUCCAGAUCGAGAAGAUGUCCACUGCGGAGCCGCAAAUUUGA